GCAUUUACCUAUUUCCUAUGGCCCAAUACUGAUCACAAAGACUUAAAGAGAAGAUGGGACUGACAAGAUUUUUCUGCUAUGUUGGAAUGCUGUAUGGAAUAGUGGUUGUUGCUCUCUGGGACCCAAAGAAUUACUCAUACAAGCCACUACCUGAUGUGUAUGCGUUUGACUACAUCAUUAUUGGAGCCGGGACAGCAGGCAGUGUGUUGGCAAAUAGACUCAGUGAAAACCCAAAUGUAACGGUAUUAGUAAUCGAAGCUGGGAAACAUGAUUACGAUUGGUCCUUUGGAGUCCCUUCAUCAUUCACCAACGUUCAGAUGAGAAAGGAGUACGAUUGGAUGUAUCAGACAAUACCUCAGAGCUCAGGUUGCGAGUUCCUAAAGAAACAGGUUGCACAGUGGCCAUUAGGAAAGACGAUGGGAGGCACUAGCUCCUCUAAUUCAAUGCUAUACGCCAGAGGGAACAAAGCUGAUUACGAACAAUGGAAGGAGGGUGGUGCAGAAGGUUGGGGUUAUGAAGACGUGCUACCGUAUUUCAAAAAGGCCGAAUCUUAUAAAGGUGUUGAUAUGAACUUUGAAUACCAUGGAACGAACGGACCCAUUUCAGUAAGCAAGCAUACUUUUGUAACACCCCUGGCACACGCUUUGGUCAAUGCAAGCAAGGAGCUUGGAUAUGAUGUCGUAGACUAUAAUGGUAAGUCUCAAUUGGGAUUCAGUUUGACUCAGAACACAAUCGAACGUGGAAUUAGAUCAUCACCAGCCAGUGCGUAUCUGCAUCCGAUAAGAAAGCGUGAGAAUCUCUGGGUCCUAAAAGAACACAUGGUUCGUAGCUUGAAGAUUGAGAACAAUACCGUUGUCGGUGUGUACUACACCUCUACUGCAGAUUACCAUUAUGGAGGAGAACAAACUAUACGAGUCGCUAGAGAAGUUAUUAUUUCCGCUGGCCCAGUAAACUCCCCAAUUAUUCUCAUGCUGUCUGGAAUUGGUCGUAAAGAACAUUUGGAUCAAGUCCCUAUAACACAAGUACAAGAGCUUCCAGUUGGUAGGAACUUACAAGACAGUGUAAUGAUUCCUAUACCGGUGAUCCUCGAUGAUGACUCCCCUACUAGCGGUAACACUAUCUCAGACGAGCUAUUGCAAUCACCCCUAUCAAUGAUGCAGUAUUGGCUGACUGGAGAUGGUCCUCUCUCGUCCACAGCAUUCGAAGUUGUGGGGUUUGUGAGGUCUGGUUUAGAGCCACCUGGAAGUGGACCAGAUUUGCAGAUUCUCCUCUAUAAUCGAUUCAUGGGACCAGACUUGAUGAGACUGCUCGGAAUCACAACACAAGGAAUGACAUAUUUAUGGGGCUAUGAUUUAAUUACGGACAAAUUCAAGUCUGGAUACGUACUUUUUGUUGUUCUUCUACAUCCAAGAAGCCGCGGCUAUGUACAGAUGGACACUGUUCGCUCCCCACUCCAAAUGCCUUAUAUCAACCCUGACUAUUUAUCAGAAAAAGAGGACAUUGAGAUUCUGUUGAAGGGCAUUCGAAAAGCCCAAGCAUUGCUCAAAACAACUGCCUUCAGCAAAUUCAAGGGACGUAUGCCGGCUGAAGAUUCAAACUCUCAAUUUUCCUAUGACUCUGAUGAAUUCUGGCGAUGGUACAUACCUCGAAUUUCGCUGCCUGGUUACAGUCCAUCUGGAACCUGCAAAAUGGGUGGAGCUAAUGACCUUUCGGCUGUUGUUGAUCCCACACUGAAAGUAAAAGGUGUUGAGGGUGUGAGGGUUGUGGAUGCGUCAAUUAUGCCUCAGGCUAUCUCUGGGAACACGUAUGCAGCUACUAUGAUGAUUGCUGAGAAGACUGCAGAUUCAAUAAAGAACUAUUGGAAGCCCAUUGAAAGAAUGUAGAUUGAUUAGGUCUUAAUUUUGUGCAUAUACAUGUGUAACAAUAUAAUUAUUUACUUGUGCAAUCACACAGUUCUCUCAUAUUACACAAAUUACACAAUGUAAUAUGAGAGACGUCUAGCUGGGUGAGAUAAAACCAUG